AGAGUUAAAAUACUGCAAGAAUUAAACAUACACAAGUUCGUGUCCCGCGGCCCGUGUGCUGCCCCCCGGGCCGUGGCCGCCCCUUGCCGUGCCCGUGCCUCGUCCCAUCGCACCGCGCUCCGCUGGGCUUGUAGUGCGGUGGUGCUGGGAAACAGCCGAAAAUAAAAUGGAAAAGGAAAGAUCUGUCUUUUCCUGGGAGGUAAAACCCCAGUACAUGGUAAUUCCAUCACCUCCUAGCCAUCCCAAUGAUGAAAUCAGAAGCUAAGGAUGGAGAAGAGGAAAGCCUGCAGACAGCAUUCAAAAAGCUGAGAGUUGACACAGCUGGAUGUACCACUUCUCUCUCUGUGGGUGAUGGGACAAGUCCCAGAGCAAUAGUUAGAACAGUGGCAGAUGAAACCAAACCUAAGAAUGUGUGUGCUUCUAAGGAAACCUGGCAUGGGUCUGUGAAGAAACCCUCAAGAGGAGGUGUGAGAACCCAGCGUCGCAGGCGUUCCAAGUCUCCAAUUCUUCAUCCCCCAAAGUUUAUCCAUUGCAGCACAAAAUCACAUUCCACGUGCAGCCAGCUGGUGCAGAAGAGCCAGGCUGAUGCCCAGGAGGACAGCAGUGGGUUUGGGAUGCCAGUCCCAAAGGAACCUUGUGCACAUGAACGCUGCAGUGUCGCUCCGGACGUUGGCCAGAAGGGAGCUGAGGAGUCUUUGGGAGUUUCUGCUGCACAGUUAACAUCAGAGAACACACAGGAGAGCUCUCCAGCUGCAGCUUCUCCAGUAUCCAAAACAGGCCUAAAGACUACAGAGCUUUCUGACUUCCAGUCUAUGUCCAAGCUGAACACAAGUGAGCCGUGUGCAUGUGCAGAUAAAACCUGUCAGUGCAAACUGUGGCAAGAUAUGGAAGUGUACAAAUUCUCUGGCUUGCAGAACACCCUCCCACUGGCACCUGCUAGAACGGUUUCUGAGGAUCACUCCCAGCCUUUGCCAUCAAGAACUCCCUCAAGUUCUCCACGCUCUUGCUCUGAGCAAGCCAGGGCCUUUGUGGAUGAUGUGACAAUCGAAGAUCUUUCGGGAUACAUGGAGUAUUACUUGUAUAUUCCAAAGAAAAUGUCUCACAUGGCAGAAAUGAUGUACACCUGACAGCAACAGCACUAAAACCAGAAGAGCGGCUGGUUUAAAUCUGCCCUCAGGCACAUCAUGUGAAUAUGCAACCCACUCCCUGCUCACUGUGCUUGCAAUAAAAACACUUGUUUGCAUCUCA